CAUAUCCAAAGUUCACACUUAGCAGCAAGUAGCCGUGGAGUUGAGAGGACUGAGUGUAGGCCCCUUAAGUGUUUGUCUUCUUAAUUUGUUUUAUUGGGUCAGAGAACGGUAGAUCUUUAGUUGAUUCUUAACCAUGUUUUGUGUGAGCUUUCUUUAAAGAGUGCUAAAGCAAGAGAGUUAGCUGAGCUGGUGUUCCCCACCCUUUGCGGCCAUUAGAAGCACGUUCUUGGUUUGGGUUGUCUGACAACGCUUGUAGAGCUUUUUUAGAGCAAUUUCAAGAACCCUCUACUAAGCUGCUUAACACCCCCUUUGCUUCCUUCCACUAUUUUCUAGCUCCAGAUUGUCCAACAAACACCAAUCUCGAGUUUUCCCUGGUCUGUUGGUGAAGAAACCUAUCUGGGGUGUAUUUUUUGUUUUUUGUGUUUUUGUUUUUUGUGAUAUCGAGAAUCAAUAAUUUGAGCUGAACACGUGCUUUUGUUGGCACCCAAGAGAAUAUCCCAGAAGCAAAAGGGAACUCGACUCGGUUCUGGUGUGUGGAAAUGAAGAAUCAGGAAACCAUUUGCAUCUGAUCAGAUUAGCAGUGGGGUACUCUAACUGUGAGCUUCACAAUUAUAUGUUGGAACAUGGCUACUGCGCUCCAAAUGGAGGGGAGAAUGCUAGAAAACUUGAAGAAACAACUUGCUCUAGCUGUGAGAAACAUCCAGUGGAGCUACGGAAUCUUUUGGUCCAUUUCUGCCAGACAACCAGGGGUCUUGGAGUGGGGCGAUGGAUACUACAAUGGAGAUAUUAAGACAAGGAAAACAACUCAAGCUAUGGAGCUUAAUGCAGACCAACUGGGCUUGCAGAGGAGUGAGCAAUUGAGAGAACUAUACGAAUCCCUCUCAAUCGGUGAAGCCAACCCUCAAUCCAGAAGGCCUUCCGUAGCAUUAUCACCUGAAGAUCUCAGUGAUCCGGAGUGGUAUUACUUGGUUUGCAUGUCGUUCGUGUUCAACAUUGGACAAGGAUUACCUGGAAGAACGUUAGCAAAUGGUCAGCCAACCUGGCUUUGCAAUGCCCACUUUGCAGAUAGCAAGGUUUUCAGUCGCUCUCUGCUGGCGAAGAGUGCAUCUAUUCAGACUGUGAUAUGCUUUCCGUUUUUGGGAGGUGUCGUCGAGCUAGGUGUGACCGAGUCGGUACUAGAAGACCCUAGUCUCAUUCAGCACGUUAAAACUUCUUUCUUGGAGAUUCCAUAUUCCACAAUUAUUUCCAGGAAUUCCAUGAUGGGUGCAGGAAGCACGAUGAUUGACAACAAUCCUGCUUGUACUGUGCUUGAUCAGGAUAUUCUGCAAAACAAACUAAUUUCGUAUGUAGGAUCUGAAGAAUUAGGUAUCAAUGUUUCUCCCAAUAACAGUUCAAAUGGCUUUGAGCUCAGUCAACCAGCAGAGGGUUCAUUUAUGGUGGAAGGGAUCAAUGGGGGAGCCUCUCAGGUACAAAGCUGGCAGUUCGUGGAUGAUGAGUUCAGUAAUUGUGUCCUUCAUUCCAUGAAUUCUAGUGAUUGUAUAUCACAAACUUUUGUGGAACCUGAAAAGGCUAUCUCCACUCCCAAGGGUGAGCUGGCGAAACAACCUUGUUUGCAAGACCUUCAAGAGUGCAAUCACACCAAAAUGAACUCGCUGGUUUUUCGAAGUGAUGAUCUGCACUAUCAGGGUGUUCUUUCAUCUCUUUUAAAGAGUUCACACCAGUCGAUCUUGGGACCGUGUUUUAAAAACUAUCAUCAUGAAUCCAGUUUUUCCCUUUGGAAUAAAGGAGAUUUAGAAAAUUUUCAGAGAGGUGGAACCCCACAAAUGCUACUGAAGAAGGUUUUGAUUGCAGUCCCUCAGAUGCACGCUGUUGGUUUGCCCGAGUCCCCAGAAGACAUCUGCAAGAGGGAUGAAGUUUGGAGACCAGAGGCUGAUGAAAUUGGUGCGAACUCUGCAUUAGCUGAGAGGCGGCGAAGGGAAAAACUAAAUGAAAGAUUUUUGAUUCUUAGAUCGUUGGUUCCUUCAAUUAGCAAGGAGGACAAGGUAUCUAUACUUGAUGAUGCGAUAGAAUAUGUAAAAGAGCUUGAGAGAAGGGUUGAAGAGUUAGGAUCUUGCAGGGAGUUGGCAGAGGUAGAAGUAAGAACAAAAAGGAAAUCCCAAGAUACUGUAGAGAGAAUAUCUGAUAACUGUGGCGACAACAACAUUAGUAACAGCAAAAAGCCACUGAUAAACAAGAGGAAGGCCUGUGAUAUUGAUGAAACGGAGCCAGUGAUAAAUUAUAAUGUAUCAAAAGAAAGCUCAACAGAUACUGUGACCGUCAGCAUGAUCAAUAAAGAGGUUCUUAUUGAGAUGAGAUGUCCUUGGAAGGAGGGAGUGCUGCUAGAGAUCAUGGAUGCAGUAAGCAAUCUCCAAUUAGAUUGUCACUCGGUUCAAUCAUCUACCAGUGAAGGGAUUCUUUUAUUGACAAUCAAAUCGAAGUUCAAGGGCUCAGUUGUUGUAUCAGCUGGGAUCAUCAAACAAUCACUCCAGAGAUUAAGUUAUUAACUAGGAAGUGUUGAAGCUUGUUUUUCUGCCUAGAAACUUGAGGCUGUUUUAGAAUCCCUGCUUCAAUUGCUGUAUGGUGUGUAUUGUGGAAAGCCAGAAAGAGUAAUAUAUUCCCAAAAAUGUAUGUUUUUCUGUGAAGUGAGAGCCAGACACUGAAAUAAAAGCUGAAGGGAAGCAAGGGCCCUUUACCCACGAAGUCAAGCAAAGAUCCAAACUGCCAAGGGAUUCUAUUCCUAAUCACACCAUUUUGAUCAUAUAUAGUGCUUGCACAUGUAACUCCAAUAUUAUGCUCAUACUCUUUGACCAGACAAAGUUCUCCCUCUCUCUCUCUCUCUCUCUCUCUCUCUCUACCAUUUAUAAAAUGUCUCUUCAAAAUC